CGACGAUGUUUCUCAGGGGCUCAGCCUUCAUUUCACGAUCGCUAAUUCAUUUCCACAACGCCACUCUCAGCCUCUUGAAGACCUCUCUUUAAAAUGGCUGCACCACUACCCUUCAGACGAGCUCUGUGAACACCCACAUAGUAGUGGUCAAGUCCAUCAUGAAGUUUAUUGUGUUGUCAUUCAUUUUCCUCCUCGCUGUUGUUUCUGCUGAACUCGAAACAGCAGAUGCUAACGGCACUUGUCGAACAAUAUCAGCUCGGGGCCAGCAAGAAUAUUGCCUCUGGACCAACACAUAUAACCCACCUGCCUCAGUAAAUUUAUACGGCGACAUCUGUGGCGCCGCACCAUGGUAUAAUGUGUCUGAUACCGGGAUGGCCCCUAUCUGCAACCCCAAUGAGUCCUUCACUUUAGACCCGAAUGGAGCACUCACUUGGCAGCUCGAGCUGACAGACGUCAAAUGUGCCGAUCCUGUGGGCCAAUACUGGCAGUACUUCAACUAUACUUGGAGCUGCUGCUUGUGUCCACCAGGAUGGGUAACUGUCAAUGGUCCGCCGCUGUAUUGUGAUGCGUUCAAAUCUUGCGUCAGGUGCUCGGGCGCAGACGAGGAGCUGGAAUUCAUACCAAGCCCCAGCGGAGGUAACGAAAGAGUGGCAACUUGUAUCACGACAACGAUGCCUAGCACGAUAUCCUCAUCCACCACAUCAAGUACAACCCCCCCAGCGACCUCAGCAGCAUGUGGCUCAAGCAACAAGCGGGACUUCCUCACGGGUCGCGCUGCAGCAUGUACCGCCUGUCUAGACCUAACAACUCUCACCGACCCAGCACUUGCUGGUCACCAGACGAUCAUCAACACAGAAUUUCUACCCAAAGUCAAGGACAUGAUUUCAUGCGCCACCCGCAACGGCUGGGACCAACUCCUAGAUGCCAGUAGCAGCCGCUGUUAUCUUUCCAGAGGCUCAUACGCCGGCACACACCCCUCAGCACACAUGAUCGGUCAAGCCAUGGACGUGAAUCUCUCUGGAGGCAUUCACAAAGCCUGUGAUCGGCAGUGCUUCCUUGAAGCGUACUGUGUGCACAACCUGAGCUUUGGACUGUGCAAGAACGUCCUGGAUACCUUUACAAGACGCAACCCGACUGACAAGGAUACGGCGGUAUAUAACUUCAUCAACUGUGUAGGUCAGAUACCAGACAUGGUUAUCGGCGCGAAGAUUCCUGUUCCAAUCAAGAAGAAACCCGGUAAGACGCAGGGCGAUUGGGAUCAUUUCCAGGGGAUACCGGCGAAGCCAUAUGCUAUUGGCGUGUAUGACACGUAUCAUGAGCAGUUGGUACAGUUUUGUCAGGGAGGGUGUUUGAAUGCGCCGGUGAACCUUGAGAAGGGGGAAGGUCCAUCUGAUGAAGCGUGUCCUCAGCCGCCUAAGGCGACGUGUGCGGUACAUGGGAUUGAUUUCCAAGGAUGAGUUAAUUUCGUUGAAGAGUGUCGCCGUGGGAAGAUACCAGUCAUGCUUGCUAGGUAUUAUAGAUUCAUAAGUGUAUAUUUUAUUUGUAGAACCGAAUCCUUAAUAUCUCCG